UGUUUCGUAUUAUCACGUGAUUUGCUUUAAUCUCAAUAAUAACCACAUUUCCCUUUCUAUUAAAUAUUUUGCAUAUGGCAAUCAUAUCAGCUGACUGAGAGCGUAGUCGAUAAAUAUGUAUAUAUGUAUUUAUGUAAAAAGUUUCAAAAUAUAACCGAAAACUUGCAAGUCGUGUCGCGUAGAACCCAUUCCAAUUUUUAUUCAAACUCUUCCUAUGAUUUAAGUUCAAAAAGUUAUGGUGAAAUGAAUUCCAAUCUUCACUUGCAGCUAUUUCGUGCAUAUGUUGCACGACAUACAAAUAAAACAAAAGCAGCGUGCCAGGAAAGUACAAACAUCUUCUGGAGAGAUGCUAAAAAAACUUGUACAGACAAAACUGAUUUCGAAAGCAUUGUUUUAAAUAAAAUUAAAGAGCUAAAGCAGUCAACGACAAAAGUUAAGAUCACCAAUAUUGCCCAGUACUUCCAACACCCCAAUGAAAAGAACAAUGAUAAAGAAACGCCUCAACUGAACGAUAGUUCUACCCCCGCAAUUGAACCCGACUACAGCCAGAGUGAAACCGCAGACGUAGUUCAAAAUAGCAAGGACUCUGAAGAGUUUACUACGCCAAUUUGUCGUAAUACCCCAGCGCAGGACGUUCUGCGGAAUCAAAUUUCUUUACUGAAAGCUGAAUACAAUGUGGCAUUGCUCCGUGGAAAAUCAAACGAAAUUUCUAAAAUCAAAAAACGUAUUGAGUCUUGUAAAAAACAUCUCCGAAGAAAAAAGCUUCACGCUAUUCACUCCAAAAAGCAUAGGUUAACUCUUAAAUCGAAACUAGCAGAAAUAAGUGCAAAUAAUGUCGACGCAGCCAAUGUAACACAUAGUACUCCAGGCCGUCCUCGUAUUGAAUGUAAGCAGCCUGAGUUACUCAAAACAAUUGUCGACAUAGCCAUGUUUGGUGCUUCUGCCAACGAACGUCGGCGAAGUGAAAUUGUACGGAGUUGUCUAACCUUAAGCGACCUUCAUGAAAAAUUGUUACAUCUCG